AUGGACAUGAAUUAUGCUGCGAGCACUUCACAUCCGUAUUUUAAUGUAACCAGUACGAUGACACAUAAGCAAGGUGCUUUUGAUAUGGAUAACAAAGCCCUAUUUCGAUCUGCUAUAGUGAUUGCAGCCGUAACAUGUUCGAUAGCGGUGUGGGCAAUAAUAAAACUGUACAGGAGACGUUCCCGGAAUCGAAUCCGUCGUUAUGAUUUAUUGUCUGUGAAGCAGUUAGCACCAGAGUUGGUGGCUGAUUCUGAAAGCAGCGAAGAUGAAUUAUUUGAAUCGUCGACAAUGGACGACGCAAAUCGGCGACUCGUCUCUGGUAGUCGUCAAUAA